UCUACCUUCCGCGCAGGCGUAGUUUUGAAUUCUGACUCGGGGAUUGUAAAACCCGGACAAAUCAUGGAAGUUUAAAAAACCGCCCGGACAGGAGCACAAAAAGAGGACAUGUCCGGGGAAAACCGGACGUAUGGACAGGUGCUACUGAUGGACACACCUGAGAGCCCUGACCCCCAGUCUCCAGAAGAGCAACAGCUCUCUGAUGAUGCCUUACAGAAAACAGAUGAGUCUGAUAAUGAAGAGGAAGGAAGUGAUGGUAGCAGGGAGAAGAGUGCAGAGUUGAAGGAAAAAGAAGCCAUUGCAAAAAUCUUUGGUGAUGAUGACGACGAUGAUGAUGAUGACGACGAUAAGCAGGAGGACAUAGACAGUCACAUACAAAAACUGAAAAUCCACUGUAAAUCCAAGUCACAGGACUCUGAUAGUGAGCAAAGCCAAAAUAAGGAAGCUUCUCCAGAUCAAGAAGAAGAUGAUGAUGGUGACUAUGACAAGGAAAAACGAAGAAAGGAGACUCCAAAUGACUUGAGAGAUGAGGCUUCUUCUGUCACUAGGGAGCUGGAUGAUCAUGAGUUGGAUUAUGAUGAGGAGGUUCCUGAGGAACCAAGUGUUUCUGUUGCAGAGGAGGAUCAUGAAAAGCCAGGUAGCUUGGAUGACAAGGGAGAGGACUCAAAUCAAGAUAGUAAGGAUGAAGAACGGAAUUCAGAUAAGUCAAAGUCUGAACGUCGGGAUUCUCUGCUAGAUGAGAAGAAAGAUGAAGAUGAAGGGGAAUUAGAUGAAGGAGAAAUUGAUCAGGAUGAUGACUUGGAAGAAGGGGAGGUGAAGGAUCCUGGUGAACGGAGAGCAAGGCCUCGCCCUAUCUGCAGGUUUUUCAUGAAAGGUAAAGGUCACUGCACGUGGGGCAUGAACUGCCGGUUUAUUCAUCCUGGUGUAAAUGAUAAAGGAAAUUAUUCCCUCAUAGAUAAACAAGAUCCCUUUUCUCCAAAUGGAGCACCUCCCAUUGGUCAUCCUGCCUUGUUGGCCGCAACACCCUGGAGUGCAGCAGCAGCAACAGCAGCAGCUGUGGAUGAUAUACUACCACCACUUCCACUGGAGCCACCUGCCGAGAGUGCAUGGGAGCGUGGGCUUCGGCAUGCCAAAGAGCUGAUGAAAAAAGCAACAAUCAGAAAAGAGCAGGAGCCAGAUUUCGAGGAGAAGAGGUUUACAGUUACAAUUGGUGAAGAAGACCGAGAAUUUGAUAAAGAAAAUGAGUUCUUCAGAGAAUGGAAUUAUCGUAUCACCAGGGAUGUCAGAGAAAUAGGGGAUGCCGAUUUCAGAGAAGUCGUUAACUUUGGGCUCGAUCCUUAUGUUGAUCCGUAUUAUGACUAUGAAAUAGAACGGUUCUGGCGAGGAGGGCAGUAUGAGAAUUUCAGAGUCCAGUACACUGAGUCAGCAGAAAGCUUCCACUUCAGAGAAAGAGAGCGGGAACGAGACCGUGACAGGCAGCGAGAAAGAGAACGGGAACGAGAGCGAGAUCGAGAGAGGGAACGAAGACAGAGGGAACGAGAAAGAGAAAGGGAGCGGGAGCGUGAUAAGGAGAGACAGCGUAGAAAAGACGAGUGGGACAGAGAGAGGUCUAAAAGGGAGGAUAAAGACAGACCACGUAGGGACAGAGAUAGGGAACGAGAAAAAGAGAAAGACAAGGAGAAGGAAAAAGAAAAGCCAAAAACUCCGAAGUCCCCUCCUGCAGCAAGGAGGGCAAAGGCAGCCACUGAACCCAAGAUAUCGGAGGGGGUUAAGGAAACUGAAAAGAAUUCCAGCCGCCCAGCAGAUGCACCCAAGAAAGAAACAGCAAAUUCAACUCAGGUAAAACGCGCAGAUGAAUGGAAAGACCCCUGGCGUCGAUCUAAAUCUCCAAAGAAGAAGCUUGGAAUUUCUGGCUCCCCAAGCAGAGGGCGACGGCGGCGUAGAACAUCAGGGUCAUCAGCAUCUUCUUCUUCCCGGUCAUCAUCUCAUUCAUCUUCCUACACUGGUUCCGGCUCUGAUUCAUCACGAUCGAGAUCUUCAUCCUACAGUUCCUAUUCUAGUCGAUCUUCAAGACGUAGCUCUCUUUCUGGAAGCAGAUCCAGGUCCCAGUCAUUUUCAUCGUCUGCAACACCUUCACCUACCCCAUCACCUCGUAGAGUUGUUGCAAAACCUAAAGUGGAUGUUGCAGUGUCCUCUGCCAAAGGGGAGAAGCCUGUAAAGAAGUCCAUCCCAACACCACCACCAGUCCCUGCAGCAGCAACAGCUGUACCACCUCCACCUGCCCAGGCAGCAAAAAGUACAAAGCCAGCAGAACCUGCAAAACCAGCAGAAACUAGAGAAGCCAGGAAGAAGGAAAGGCCACGAACCCCACCAAAAAGUCGGACCAGAAGUGCUGGUAGCAGCGGCAGUGGCAGCAGCUCUAGUGGCUCCAGUUCCCGCUCCAGAUCCCUCUCUCAGUCGGGUUCUAGAUCACGAUCAAGGUCAGGGUCAUCCUCCGCAUCACGCUCCCAUUCUGGAUCCAGGAAAUCUAGAUCCCUGAGCGUCAGUAGUGUGUCUUCUGUCUCCAGCGCCUCCUCUAGCAGCAGUUCUGUACGCAGUGCUGACUCUGAAGACAUGUAUGCUGACCUUGCUAGUCCAAUCUCAUCAGCCAGUUCCAGAUCACCCACACCAGCAUCAAAAAAAGAAAAAGGAAAGUCCAAAAAAGAAGAUAAUGUAAAAGAUGACAAACGGAGGCGAGAAACACCACCUCAGACAGCAAAAACAACUAAAGCUACAGCAAGUGGGAAGCCUGCACCAGGAGGAAAACCAUUACUAAGUGGGAAAUCAUCACCUGUUACAAAGUCUGUACCUAGUGGGAAACCUGCAUCCAGUGGGAAAACAGCACAUAGUGCAAAAACUGCUUCCUCUAUGAAACCUGUGCCCAGUGGAAAGCCUUCACCUAGUCUAAAACCUAUGCCAAACUCAAAGCCUCUACCAAGUGUAAAGUCUUCAACAAGUACAAAACCUGUGCAAAGUGUAAAACCUGCAUCACAGCAAAUACCACAACAGAAUCAGACACAGAGUGGGUUUAGUGCCCACAAAGAUAUCAAACUGACUUUGCUUAACAAGCCAGUUGAUAAGGGAAAUAGGAAGCGUUAUGAGCCUGACAAAGACAGACAGCCCUCUCCUCCAGCUAAACGGCCAGCUUUGUCUCCAGAUCGAGUCCAUGAAAGACGACCUCCCACAAGACCAGUAUCACCUAAAUCUGAUCGUCAGAGAGGGCAGACUCAAAGGCAGCCUCCAGUUCAGCCAGAAAGGAAACGUCAGCCUUCACCACCAAAAAGUUCAAGUAAAGUUCCAAGUGUACCAAGCAAACAGUCAGACACCAGUACUGCAUCUGCUAACACAAAAUCAAGCAAGUCCAGCACACUUUCACGACGAGAGGAGCUCUUAAAACAGCUUAAAGCAGUGGAAGAUGCUAUUGCACGCAAGCGAGCAAAAAUUCCUGGAAAAGUAUAGUUUUUAUAAUAAAAAAUGAAAAUAUUUGACUUCAGUGGACAGCUGCCAGUUUUUGUUUUUUUUUUAUAAAUCGAAAUGGAAAUACAGCCUUUAUAAACUCUGAAGGUGGUUUCCCUUUAGAAUGGUUGUGUUUUGCUUUUUUAAAACUGGCUUAAAAUCCCAAAAGCAGCAAUUGGAAUCGGAUUUGAGCAAUUGGAAUCGGAUUUGAUGUACUCUUUUAGCUAUUUACAGACUCUCAGAAGAGCUUUAACAUAAAAUUCCAGCUGCUGAACUUGUCAGAUUUGUACACAUCAAGGACUCAAAUACUUGGUUUAUCAAAGUUUUUUGUUUUGUUUUGUUUUUUUAAUAUAAAUAGCAAUGAAUUCUAUUUCUCUAGUUAUUCCUUGCAUCCUAUGUCUUACUGAAAUUUCAGCUCUAUAUAAAUUGUGUAAUUACAGGGAGCCUGAUGGGGAUUACUGCCUUUUUUCUCUCUAGUGGAGAGAAGAAGGGUUUUCUGGCAUUUUCAAAAAUGCAACUAAAGGUAUCUUUAUUAAAAAAAAAAAAAAAAAAAAAAAAAUGAAAAGAUGUUUUAGUUCAUCUUUGAGGAGGCCCAAAUAUUUUUGCAGCUCACCUGCCCUUCAUUAUGAAGGUUGGGGUGCUUUAAAUAUGGGGACUUUUCCUCAAAUAAAGUAUUUUGAUAAACAGA